AUGAGUGAUCGAUACAAAGACCUCAGCCGAGAGACAAUAUACGCCUUUGUCAAGGAGCAUUUUGGGUGCAUCCAUGGAUCCGUGGAUGAGACUGCCAUCCAGGUCCCCAAGUUUGCCUAUGAUGCAUGGCUCGAGGAAUACUGGAGUGCAGAACUGCAGGCCCUCGAGGGCCAUUCCAAUUUGGUUACAUCAUUGGCCGUCUCCCCCUGCGGUCAGAUAGCCCUAGCCUCGCCUGAGAAAACUGUCAUGCUCUGGGAUGUGAUGACCGGCAAAGAGAGACAUGUCCUUGAACACCAUUCCGAUCGGGUUCUAUAG